CCCCAUAGGGAGCUUCACCGAAGCAGAUAUUCACAAUUACGGUACCCACAACUGCAUCUGGUUGGGACAUCGCCGGGAUAAUUGUUUUUUUCCCCUCCGUAGCCAUUUUGGCUCGAGCCACUUUGGCUCAAGCUGGUUCUUCCCCUCUCCGUCCGUCGCGGGGGCAUGGUGGCUGCGCGGGCCGGCGGACGAGCUGAAGGAGGUGGCUGCGGGGGGCCGCCCGCCGAAAGGCGAUGGCGGCCUGCGGCGCGGCGGGCGGCCGAGGCGGCAGCGCUGGGGCCUACCGCCGCCCGCCGUGCUGCGCGGGCGCGAGCUUGCUCGGCCUGCGAAGUGGCCCUGCGAGCAGCCGUGGGCGCAGGCAGCGCCCCUGGCUCGUGGCGUGAUCGGGAGCUUGCCUCUCGGACGGCGUCAUGGUGCCGGGCGGUUGGGUGCCGGGUGCCUGGCGCGGCCAGGCGGCGGCGCAACGCGCAGCAUGCGGUGCGUGUGCCCGCGGGCGGCGUCGCCACGGCUUCUCCGUGGAAGCUAGCGUGGGCCGCAGGCGGGCCGCGGCUGGACAUGCAGGACGCCCCGUGCGUGCAGGGCGUGGAGGGCGAGCAGGGGCAGCGGGCUUUGGCGCCGCUCAGCGCGGACUGGGAGGCGACGCUGGAGCCCGGCAUCACCAGCUGCAGCGAGGCGCUCGAGAGCGGGGGAAAAGUUAUCCACGUUGCCGAGCUCGGGCCGAGGCUGCUCAGCAUGGCGGAUGAGGCCUCCGAUGAAGGUAGUGAAGGUGUUGACGGCAGAGUACGUCGAGAGCAUCUUCCACGCGAGACAGAGCGAGAUGGACCCCCAGAGCCCCGUGGCGUCGGAGGGGGCGAGGGGGAAGGCACCGAGCUGAUCCUCGUGGCGUCGAUGGGCGUCGUGGGCGUGGACUCGGAGGCCGAGCUGAUCGAGGCGUCGUUGGGCGUCGUGGACGUGGGCUCGGAGGUGGCUUCGGAGCUCGAGGUGGUCGCGGGAGGCUCCGACUGGCUGGCUCCAGGUGUCUAGCAACCGCGAGACCAUGUGGCUGAGGCGGAGGCUUUUGGCGAGGGUCUGGCAGCUGGAUGGCGCCUGGCUGGACGGGGCGGCGCCGCGGCGGAGAGCUCGGAGGCGGCCCCCACGGCGGCUGUUGCUGUAAUCCAGGCGUUGCGGUGGAGGCAGAGACGGCGCCAGAGGAGGAUCCUUCGGUGCUGGAAGAACCAUGCGUACGCGGUGAUGUGGCAGUUAGCCGACCUGCAGGGAGAGCUGGACGGCGUUCUCAGCAUAUCGACCUGAGUGUGACGGCGCCGCGGCAGGUACUGAGGCCUGAGUCGUGCCUUGCUUGGGCCGUCUUGGGCGUCUCCUCGGCCAUCUCGGAGCCCUCUUGGGCAGUCCCCCUACUGCUCUUCCUUUCUCCCUCUGCCCCCUUCCCUCCCUUGUCCCUCUUCUCGCUCCUCCUCUUUCUCUCUCUCUCUCUCUCUUUCUCUCUCUCUCUCUCUUCUGUCUGCUCUCUUCACUUCUGGCCUCACAUUUUUGUUUCUCUUCUGUUCUCUUAUCUUCCCUUCUCUUUUCUGCGCGUGCGAAUUCCGCGGUGCCGUACUGGUUUCUCACACGGCCUCGCAAGAUCAUAUUCAAGCGCUCCCGAGCAUGGCGCGCGCGUGCAACGGCCUCGGGACGGACGGAGUCCGGAGGGGUGCAGGGUGCCGAGGUCGACGGUUUGCGGGCCUGCCAGACAGUGUCCAAGAGUAGGAGGAACGCUUGGACUGCAAGA